AUGAUCUUAUUGCUUUCUGCUAUUGCUUACUGUGAAACAAUAACAGGUUCACAGACAACACAGUUAACACGUAAAGUGAAUGAGUCAAUAAUAAUUAAGGACGCAAUAUUCAAUGAAAUUGGAAAUUGGGCAACAUUCACUUCGGCAAUUUCGUUUUCUCAAGGGUCCACAUCUACUUCAGUUGAAUUAACACAUACAAUGUUCAUCAAAUGUGCCGCUAGUAAUGGUGGCUCAUUCACAUUUGAUGGCAGUUACCCACUUAAAAUUGAAAAGAUAGGUGUCGAAAGCGGAUAUAAAGGAUCUGGACAAAAUGCUGUAAUUGGUAGAAUUCUUACAAGUGGAGGCUACAACAUUAAUAUGUCUUCAUUUGUCAAAAACACAGGUGGCUCGAGGAACCUCCAACUUUGCUCCACCCCAGAAACAUUGACAGCUCUAAAUGUAUCCGGCAACUCCGCUGACCUUGGCUUAGCAACAUACGCUUAUGGCAAUAUGAUCAUUGAUCAAGCUUCAACUACCACUCGGCUGACUUAUUCAAACUUCGAGGCUGAUGAAUCAUCAUGCGGUGUUCUUUAUUAUUACUCUGCGUCUGGCUCAAAUACUGUACAGCAUUGCAAUUUUGUCAGGAAUGUCGUUACAAACUAUGGCCUCAUCAUUCCUGAAAAGUCAUCAACCCUUUCAUUAAAUGACUGCAUAUUUUUCGGAAAUGAAUAUAAUUCAAAGCCGAUAAUUAAUGCUUAUUCAGCUGUAAGUAUUAACAACUGCUACGUUGAUAAUACAUUUAUUUCCAGGGAAGCAAGCGUUGUAAAGUGGGCAGUAACUUCAAAAUCUCCAUACACUUUAACAUUAUACAGUACAGGAAACAUUAAAGCUUUAGUUUCAGAGUCAUCAUCAAGCUCAGGAUCUAACUUUGGCAGUGGCUCUGGAUCCGGUUCAGGAUCAGGCGCAACAACGGGUACAGAUUCAACAGGUUCUACCACAAACCCGAAUGAAACAAAUACAAACAACUCAAUGAGUGUCGCUGGAGAUAACAACCAGACAAGUACAAGCUUUUUCAUGAAGAAAGUAGGAUCAAUUCCAAUGUGGAUGCUCCUUGCUAUAGUUGCUGCGGCCGUUAUUAUAGUUAUAAUAUGCUUUGCUGUUUAUAGACAACAUAAGAAGAAGCAGCAUAGACAUCACCAUCACCAUAAUGAUGAAGAUGAUGAAGACAAUGAUGAUGAUAGCGAAGAAGACGACGAAGAGUCAAACAACGAAGAUGAUGCUCAUAAUAAUGAUCAACAAGAAAAUCACGAUGAGCCAGAAAAUGAUCAACAAAGUAUCGCUGUUUAA